CCGACAUCUAUCAGAAAAAUGAGUGGUAUUGCAGUUAGGCGAUUAUUAGAAGAACGUAAAGAUUGGAGAAAAAAUCCUGUAUUUGGUUUUGUGGCUAAACCAGCCAAAAAUCAAGAUGGCACAUUGAACCUUAUGGUUUGGGAAUGCUAUAUACCUGGAAGAACUGGUACUCCUUGGCAAAAUGGAUCGUAUUUCUUACGUAUGACUUUCAAGGACGAUUAUCCAUCGAGUCCACCACUAUGCAGAUUUGAGCCUCCAUUAUUCCACCCCAAUGUUUAUCCCUCCGGUACUGUGUGUUUAUCAAUAUUGGACGAAGAAAAAGAUUGGCGUCCAGCUAUUACUAUUAAGCAACUAUUGUUGGGGAUAAGAGAUCUCUUAAAUGAACCCAACAUCAGAGAUCCUGCCCAGGCUGAAGCCUAUCAUAUUUAUUGCCAAAAUCCUGUGGAAUAUUUCAAUCGUGUCCGAGCACAAGCCAAAGCGAUGUCCAGAGCAUAGUU